CUCAUCACUCCACUCCGAGUUGUAGUGCCACGCCGCCCUCUCGCCCGUGCUCCGCGUGCUCCGUGCUCGUGCAAGCGCCCCUGCUCGCGCUCCGCUGCACGCCCGGCCCGUGCGCACGCCCCCGGCACGCGUCAGACCGUGGGUGGGCCGUGCUGCCGCAAGCUACCGCAAGCUGCCGCCGUGCUCCCGUACCGCGACUUUUCGUCCUCUCGCGGGCACUUUGGCGAGGCGUUACAGCGCGUGCGUGUGCGCUCGUCUGUGAGUGUUGAAGCGUGUGCGUGUGAGUGUGUGAGUGCGGACGUGCGCCAGUGGUAGUGCCCAGUGCUGCUCGUCGGCCGUCUUUUGUCGGCCCCGUGACCUCAUCGUCGCAUCGCCUUCGUGCCGUCACCCGAACGGGUUGAGUUGGGAAGGACCAGUGACUAUUGUGUGCCCCGAGCCCGAGGGGAGGAAAGUGAAUUUAUUUUCAAAGACUGCUUGUAUCUUUACUCGGAGAGCACCGACCCAGUGAAAUUUCGCUCCGUGGAUACAGGAGGGUGUAAACAAGGAAUUUUACAGCCGAGAAUGCUGUAAAGCAAGCCCCGUUUUUUGCGACGAAGAAAUAAAAAAAUUAUACUUCAAAAUGGGUCGGUAUACCGGUAAAAAAUGCCGUUUAAUUUCCAUGUUUUGGUUGACAACUUCCUUCUUCUUAGUGGAAAUUACUGUUGGAUAUGUCACAAAUUCUAUGGCAUUGGUGGCAGACAGUUUUCAUAUGUUAAGUGAUGUAGCUGCCUUAGUAGUAGCAUUUUUAUCAGUAAAGAUGUCACCUAAGAAGUGGUCCAAAAAUACGUUUGGAUGGGCUAGAGCUGAAGUCUUGGGAGCUCUUGUAAACGCAGUGUUCCUUGUUGCUCUAUGCUUUUCUAUUACAGUUGAAGCAUGUAAAAGGUUUAUAGAAGUGGAAGAAAUACAUGAGCCAAAACUUAUUGUUGUUGUUGGCGUACUUGGUCUACUUAUCAAUCUAGUGGGUCUUUGUCUCUUCCAUGAGCAUGGUCAUGGUGGUCAUGGUCAUUCCCAUGGUGGUAUUUCACAUGGAGGUAUUGGUCGCAGUCAUACAAGAUUGACUCAAUUGGUGUCGACGGAUGACAAUGAAAAUGAUGAAACUUUUAACCCUCCGAUUGGGCCAACUCUGGCUGCAGCCAUUAGCAACAACAAGGGGCAUGAAGACAGUGCUGUGGAGCCGUCAGCCUCUCAAAUGAAUAUGAGAGGAGUCUUCCUUCAUGUACUGGCUGAUGCACUUGGCUCUGUCAUUGUGAUUGCUUCUGCCCUGGUUGUGUGGCUGACCGAUUGGGAAUACAGAUUGUACAUGGACCCUGCCCUCAGUGUUGUAAUGGUUGUGUUAAUUCUGCGAGCGGUUUGGCCCCUGUUGCAAGAAUCUGCCUUGAUUCUCCUGCAGACUGUCCCCACACACAUCCAGGUAGAUGCUAUUCAGCGUAGGCUGUUAGAAAAGGUUGAUGGAGUGUUGGCUGUGCAUGAAUUCCAUGUGUGGCAACUUGCUGGGGAUAGGAUCAUUGCAUCUGCACACAUUAGGGUGCGCAAUUUGUCUGAGUAUAUGAAGAUUGCAGAAAAAGUUAAGGAGUUUUUCCAUAAUGAAGGCAUUCACUCCACUACAAUCCAGCCCGAGUUUAUUGAAAUUGGUGAUUUUGCAGAGGACACUGUGCAGCCUGGCCCAACUGAGGUGUGUGUGCUGGAUUGCCCGCAGACGGACAGACCUUGUGCACUCUCUACUUGCUGCGGCCCAUCAAAGCAUGGAUCGCCUAGACUCAACCCACAAACUGUGGGGAGGGAUUCACCAUCUCCUGGAGACACACCAUACAUGUGCCGUCAGCGUAACAAUGCAUCAUCCACCUUUGUAAUCAACAAUCGAAGUGAAGAGGUCAACCAGAUGGAAAGGGGAGCACUUCUUCGAGGAACACGAGAUAUUGCACCAACUGUUUCAGCUGAGAGCACUUUAUCUCUAAAUACACCCCCCCCUGCCUUUCCAGGCUCCUCUGAACAGUUCCCUCAAGCUCUAAAUGGAUCAUGCAAGCGUCCAUCUAGCCCUCCAUCACCUGUAAUUGAGAGAGACAACAGUAAUUGUGAUGCUGCCAUUGUUUGACCCCUAUUGUAAAUGGGUUAAUUUUAUCCAGAUUGUGACACCAAAUUUGAAUGUGAUAAGGUUUUAUUGGGUUUGUCAAAGGGCCUUUUUUAAAAAGAAAAAAACAAACAACUUGUUGACCUUUGCGUAUGCAUUCUUCAGAGAGUCACAAGAUGUGCAUUUUAAUGUGAUCAGGUCAUCAGAUUUUAUCAAACCUGGUUUUCAUGUGGUUAGAUUUGUACCUUUAUAGUUACUUAUUGGAAUACCUCUAGUCCUACCCCAUGUAUUUAAACUACCAAUCAUUCUAAAGGACAAGAGAUGAGCUUGGCAAUUUAACCAUUGUACUUUUUAAAGUGACAUAAAGACUGAAUGUGGAAGAAUUAAGCACUUUGUCUGUAAAGAUUGUAGUUAAACUAGAGCAAAAUCACAUGAUCAACUGAACUUGCACAGACGUAUGUGGUAUUUUGUACUACUGUGUGUUAAUACUUUUAUACUUUUGUCCUUCAACUUAGAAGGAAAUUACCCACCUAGUUAACCUAGAGAACAAAAUGGGUUGUUUUCAUUCAUGAAAUUUUUUGUUCAAAUCUGGAUCCUAGGAUGGUGUCAGAUGUUGUAACUACUGUAAAGUAGUACAUGUAUGUAGCUUUCUUGUUUGUGUAAGUGUAUGCAAACCCUCCUCCUGUGAUACUGUGUGGUUUUGCCUCAUCUUUCAGUGCUCGAGGCUUUUCAUUCAGAUUUGGAGUACUCAAUUUCUACUGUAGAAAGAUGAUGUAGUACUGAAAAAUAUUUCUGUGUUAGUUUCUUUGUGUUGGUGUGUAUGCAUGUAUGCAUCCAUGUAUGCUUGUAUAUGUAUGUAUCUAAUGUAUGUAUAUGUCUGUGUGUGUGUGUGUUUGGGUGUGAAAGUUUGUGUGCAUUAUAAAGUGAAAUGCUACUGUGCUCAAAUUUUGUGUGUGGAAUUGUAUAUUAAUUUUGACUGGAGCAAUUUUAUACUUGUGCAUAAUGAAGUUAAUCUCUUUUUCAUUUUGAGGAAAUAGGGAACCAUAGUUAUCCGUCUUUUUCAAAUAUUCACUUUUAUCUGCUGCCUUGACUAGGAUAAGUUUGUUGUAUGAGCAACAAAUAAGAUCUUUUUUACCUCCAAAAUGUAUACUCUACUGUGACCUAGUGAGGCAGCCUCUUUUGUCAGUCUUAUCCUUGUCAUGUCCCUUUUGACAAGAAGCAAGAUUUAUUACAAUUGACAAUUUAUUUUACACCUUUAGUGUUUGCUUGUUUAUGUUGUUUUUAAUUUGUAUAAAUUCACAAGAGAUAUAAAGUGUUUUUUUUUUUAACAUAUUUAUUGAUUGAUUGAUUGACUUGAUUGAUUUUGUAGCUUUAAGUCAGAUUGCAGCCAAAUGACAAACUUUUCUUUAGCUGCUGUGUAUUAUUGUAUUUAUCUCUCCCUUUAUAUUCCUUUUAAAAGUUUCUUAAUGUGUUGCUGAACUGUGUUUUUCAAGGUUUACACACUAUUGCUGUUUAUUCACAUUUGAUGUGAAGAUCUUUAUAGAAAUAUAUAUAACAGUUAGAUCCAUAUAUAAAUAUCCAUAUAUGAUAAUGAAUUCUAUUCAUUUUUAUCUAGUGCUGACGCAUUUGUUGAGAUGUUUAUCCAUUGUUGAUUAUUUUUUCUCACAACAGAAUUACUUGAAAAGUGUUAUGACAGUGCCUCAUUGUAAUCAAUCUGUUUAAAUUUCUACCUCACCAUAUGAAGUAUAAAUUGGUGUAUAAGAUGGAAUUCUGUGUAUUUUCUAUGCUAUGUUGAGUGAAUAUCCAGGGCUCUCAUCUAAAGCUUACACUGUCCUGUAAUGCAAUUUUUCUUUAAGAAUUACCAUAUUUUCUCUAUUUUUACGUAAGUGGAUCUUUUCCAGGAAUUCUUUGUGAUAAGAAAGAGAUCUACAGCACAUUUGAUAUUCUGUUACCAGUAGAAUCUUCCAAGAAAUGAGCAUUGUCUGCCACUGUAUGACAAUUUCUGACUUUUGCUGUGUUUUUGCAACAACGCAUUGAACCUCAUUUUUAUUUUCCAUGCUGAAUUUGAUUAAAUGAUUCAAACGUUAAACACACGCAUAUCUAUUUGUGUUCAAAUUGAGGUACUCAAGGUUAAAGAAUUUUCACAGUAUUCUAUAUCCUUGACAAAAGUUCUAUUCUCUUCAUUGAGAAGUUAACUUCUUUCCAUGAUUCCUUUUAUACCAUAAUUUUUAUUCAUAACAUGUAAGGAAAUUGUUUUUAACUGACUCUUAAGCUUUUAAUUUACCCUAUCAUAUUUGCCUGUAGGCUGUGAGAGUAUUACAAUUUGUAAAUAGUGACUAGCAGUGACUUUGUUGAAGUUAACUGCGGGACUUAAAGUGCAAAAUCUGCAGCAAAAUGGUCUUGGUUCUGAGUUUUCAUUUUUUAAAAAUUGUCUGAAAACAUCUUUUUAAAUGUGAAACGAUUCCUGCCCUUUUUUCGUACAUACAAUGAUUGUCAGUGAAAGUCAUAUUUCACAAACAUUCACGAGAACAUGUCGGAAAGAAAUUGGUAAAUUGGUAAAUAAAGGAAUGACCGCCCUACCACCAAA